GUUCCACCACUUCGCACCUCUGCCGGCAGCAGGUCUUUUGCAAAGUGAAAGGGCCUUAACUGCCCACUCAAAGUCAAGAUAUCACCAAUACUUUGCAUAAUAGGGAAAGGUUACAGAACCAUCCCCUGCCCCAGCUAUUGUGAGGAUGGCAACUAAACUCAGAGGAAAGCUUGAGAGGGGUUUUCUGGCAACAUCUUUCUCCCUACUAAUCAAAAAGCCCUGUUUUGCUGAAUCCUCCAUGCCCUGGUUCCACUACACCACAAACCUUCCUCUGUUGAUUUCUGCAGGAGACGCUUCUGUGAAGCAGAAAAGCUGUCCAUGACCAGCCAGCACAUGGAGACCCUGGGUCAAUUCAAGAUCACCGCCUGGGAGGAAGAAAAUUUCCAGGGGAAGCGAUGUGAGUUCCUGAUGGAGUGCCCCAGCAUCAUGGAACGUGGCUUCCGCAAGAUUCGUUCCAUCAAAGUGGAGACUGGCCCCUGGGUGGGAUAUGAGUACCCCGAAUACCAGGGACAACAGUUCAUCCUGGAGAAGGGAGACUACCCUCGUUGGGAGGCCUGGAGUGGGAACAGUGGUUACAGGACUGAGCACCUGCUCUCCUUCCGGCCUAUCAAGUGUGCUAACCAUAGUGACAGCAAAGUGACUCUGUACGAGGGAGAGAACUUCCAAGGACGCAAGUUUGAGCUCACCGAUGACUACCCCUCCCUGCAGGCCAUGGGCUGGGGCAACAAGGAAGUGGCUUCCAUCAAGGUCAACGCUGGAGCGUGGGUGGCCUACCAGUACCCAGGCUACCGGGGCUACCAAUAUGUCUUGGAGCGGGACAGACAGAAUGGGGAAUACAAGAAGUACAGCGAAUACAGCACCCAGGCCCAUACCAACCAGAUCCAGUCCAUCCGCCGUGUCCAGCACUGAGCCAUGUCAAAGCAGCAAUUGUAGCAGCAGCAGCAGCAGCAGCAAUACUGGGUUUCCUGCAUACCACCCUUCACCCACACCUGCCUCUGUGCCUAAGGGCGAAACAAGCAGUGGA